UUGCUAGCGGGCUGGAUCGAAGUGCGGUGGCGCGCGCGUGUUAUGUGGAUAUUUCUCAGUGAUUAAUGUGUAAAGUGGUGUUGUAUUAUUAUCAGGAAGCGUUUUUUUGAACGCUGCAUCCCGUGAUUCUACGCAAAGAUGAAGUGUGACCCGGGAGAGGACGGCGCGACGCUGGAGGAGUGGGUCCAGUGGCUGGCCGAAGCCAUCACCAAGAUCAAGUACCAGAAGCAGCGUCCCAGCGAGGAGCGCAUCUGCAGCGCCGUCCGGCACCUGCACAGCUGCAAUAAUGCCCAGGUGCUGUCGAGUCUGGAGCGGGCCAUCGAGGGCGGCUACAUCAAGCGCGUCUACAACAAGGGCGUGGUGUCGUACAAGGUGCCGAACGUGCCGCCGCGGCCCACGCGCGUGGUCAUCAGCAAGGGCACCGACCUCACCAAGAUCAUCGUCAAGAGCGUCAAGGACCUGGUGGAGGCCACGGUCAAGGACAUCGAGGAGUACAUCCUGCAGGCGCACAACAUCGAGGUCACCGAGGGAGCCGACCUCAACACCACGCUCAAGGUGAGCCUGCGCCGCGCCAUCGCCAACGGCCACGUGCUGCAGGAGGACGACACGUACCGGCUGCCGCAGGAGUCGCUGGCGGUGGCGGCGCUGCUCAACCCGCCCGAGCCGCGGCCGUCGCGCGCCAAGCCGCGCCUGCCGCCGGCCGCCGGCGCCGCCGCCGCCGCGGGCGCCGCCGCCGGCUCGCCCAAGAAGCGGCGCGUCGAUUACGCAGACUCGCCGCCCGAGCCGCCCAAGCAGGCGCCGUCGCACAUGAACGUGUGCACCGAGUGUCUGGGCACGGCCGGACCGAGCGGCGAGCCGUUCGUCAGCUGCCAGCGGUGUCGCGCGGCCGUGCACCCCUCCUGCCUGCGCGCGGCGGCCGGCGCGCGCGCCACCCGCGCCGCCCACUGGGUCUGCGACGAGUGUCAGACGUGCGAGGCCUGCCAGCAGCCCGUCGACCAGCCGGAGCGUGUGGCGUCGUGCAGCCAGUGCUGGCGGGUGUACCACCGCGGCUGCGUGGAGGGCCGGCCGCCGACGGCCGGCUGGCUCUGCCCGGUCUGCCGACGUCCGGGCUCGACGGGCGCCGCCCACUCGGCCGCCGCCGCCGCCGGCCUCACGCUCAGUCUGGCGGAGAAACGGAAACGGAGCACCAGCGGCAGCAGCCGUCGCUCGCGGCCCAAGAAGCGCUACAAGCCGCGCCAGAGCAGCGUCGACUCUGCCGGCGACGAUGCCAGCUCGUCGUCGCUGGAGUCGGACGGCGAGCCGCCGCCGGCCGCCGCACAGCCGGGCAAGUCGAGCAAAUACGGCCGCGCCCCGCGGCGGCGUCGUCGUCGCUGUCCGGCGCGGAGGUGGAGCCGGCGUCACUGGGCGAGGGGCCGGCUCGGCGAGCCACACCUGCUCGUGGCGCCCUCUGUGGACGGUCAGCCCCCGACCGAGGCCUCCAUCCGGUCUCAGGCCAAACUGCCGCCGGGGGUCACCGAACGCGACGUGCUCACCUUCAAGAAGGCCAAGGCCCAGGUCAACGAGUGUUUCGGGCAGGUGACGGGCGGCGGCGGCGACGGCUCGGCGGACCGCUCGCCGGCCGCCAUCCAGUUCGGCCGGCACCACAUCAGCACCUGGUACUCGGCGCCCUACCCGCAGGAGUACGCCAGGCUGCCCAAGCUGUACCUGUGCGAGUUCUGCCUUAAGUACAUGAAGUCGAGCGGCUGCCGCAAGCGCCACGCCAGCAAGUGCGUCUGGCGCCACCCGCCCGGCACGGAGAUCUACCGCUCCAACAGUCUCUCGGUGUUCGAGGUGGACGGCAACGUCAACCGCAUCUACUGUCAGAACCUGUGUCUGCUGGCCAAGCUGUUCCUGGACCACAAGACGCUCUACUACGACGUCGAGCCGUUCCUGUUCUACGUGCUCACCAGAAACGACAAGAAGGGCUGCCACCUGGUGGGCUACUUCUCCAAGGAGAAGCACUGCUCGCAGAAGUACAACGUGUCGUGCAUCAUGACCAUGCCGCACUACCAGCGUCAAGGCUUCGGCCGCUUCCUCAUCGACUUCAGUUACCUGCUGUCGCGGACCGAGGGCCAACCGGGCACGCCCGAGAAGCCGCUCAGCGACCUGGGCCGGGUGUCGUACCACGCCUACUGGCGCUCGGUGGUGCUGGAGUACCUGUACCGGCACCGGGCGGCGGCCGGCAGCCGGCCGCUGGUGCGCGAGAUCAUGGAGGAGACGGGCAUCCACCCGCAGGACGUGUGCACCGCGCUGCACCUGCUCGACAUGCUGCGGACGGCGCCCGAGGGCAGGACGUGUGUACUCAGCAUCGACUGGGCGGUGGUGGAGGAGCACGGCCGGCGCGUGGCCUCCAGCACCACCCGGCUGCCACUGGACCCCGACUGUCUGCGCUGGACGCCGCUGCUCUCCGGCCAUGCCCACCGGUCUCACGCGGACGACGACGCGUCCGAGAGCGAUUCGCGCAAGUCGGUCAGUCCGCUGAAGCUGCGGCCGGCGGCGCGGCCCGCUUCCCCCGCGUACGAGCCGCCGCCGCCGUCGCCGGCGACGUCGCCGGUGGCGCGGCCGCUCAACCGGCCCCGCCAGGCCAAGCUGCAGGAGAUGAUGGCGUUCCGCGUGCAGCCCGGCGGCGGCAAGAGCAAGCGGCAGAGGGACGCUGAUGGCAGGGCCAGGCCAGAGGUGGGCGGCAAGGCCAAGUCUGAGUCCAAGAGCAAGUCGGAGGGCGCGACCAAGGAGCCGAAGACUAAGGCGGAGAGCAAGGCGAAGGCCAAAGCCAAGGCCAAGGCUGGGUUGAAGACCAAGGCCGAAUCGAAAGCGAAGUCGGAAUCCAAGGCUAAGGCCGACGUCAAGGCCAAGUCGGACUUGAAGACUAAGUCGGACGUGAAGACCAAGUCCGACUUGAAGACCAAGUCCGACUUGAAGACCAAGUCCGACUUGAAGACUAAAUCUGAGCUUAAGACCAAGUCUGAAUCCAAGGCCAAGUCCGAAUCCAGGACCAAGCCGGAGCCGAAGACGAGGCGUGAGACGGAGGCGGAGCCAAAGUCUGAGUCUGACUCUGAUUCGGACUCUGGCGGCGAGCGGGAGGAGCACCCGCGCGGGCCGGUGGAGGGGUCGCCGCCGCCGGCCGAGCCGCCCAAGAAGAAGCGUGGCUGGCCCAAGGGCGUGCCUCGCGGCCGCACCUUCCGCAAGUGGGGCAAGGCCAAGCGCGGCCGGCCCGGCAACACCACUACUCGUGCUCCGCAGAAGAAGCCGAAGCCGCAGAAGCGAGCGGCCAAGGUGCCGAAGAAGGUCGCUGCCGACGAGAAAGCGGACCCGCCGACCGAGCAGCAGUCGCCGCAGCAGCAGCCGCGCGCCGACGACGAGUGCAACGUGAGCAACUCGAGCGAGGAGAGCAACACGAGCGUGGCGGCCGAGUCGUCGGGCGGCACGCCGGAGUCUGAGGAGUCACCGCACGAGUCGCGAGUGUUGGACGCGUCGCCGGACGCGCCGGCGCCGGUCAAGGCGGCCGAGGAGGCGGCAGAGCCGCCCGCCGAGCCGCCAGUGGAGCCGCCGGCCCAACGGCCGUCGGCGCCGGCGGCGGAGGAGCUCACGGCAGAGGAGUCUGCGCCGCCGAAGCCGCCCGCGUCUCCGGCGGAGAACGCCUCGGCCGACGACGGCGAGGAGGCGGGCGGCGCAGCUGUGGAGGAACCGCAGCGGACACCAACAGAGGCGGAGAAGAGCUUGAAGGGGCCGGCAACGGCCGAGGGGGCGGCGGAGCGCCACGGCCAGGCCGGCAGCCGGCCGGACGGCGCCGCGAUGGCCGAGAAGGAGCAGGGGAAGGCGGAGCCGCCGCCAGCCAGCCCGGUCGCCGCCGACCACCGACCUAACGGCGGUGCUGCCGGCGACGGCGGGGACGGCACCAACGGCCACCGAGCUGGCGCCGACGCCGAUGUUGACGUCGACGCCGAGCAGGGCCGCAAGGAGGCGACCAACAGUGAGCGAGAAGCCGGCGGCGGCGACGCCGCGGGGGCACCGGCGCCGGCCGUGCCGCCCAAGAGCUGCGCCGAGCCCGAGCCGGAGCCGGUGCGCGCGGCGCCGCCGCCCGAGCCGGCGCUGUCGGAGGCGACGGUGGAGCGGCCGUCGUGCGCGCGCCAGCGGGCCGGCUCUCCGCCGGCGGCGGCCCGUCCGCCGGCCGCCGACCCGGCCAGCCUUGGCGUCUACACGCCCGACUCGACGACCAGCUCUGUGCAGUCGCUGCACGGCUACCAGCAGGCCGAGUUUGACGUGACGCAGCUGGGUGUGGAGUCGCCGGCGUCCGUGUCGUCCGGCGACGCGCCCUGCGGCCCGCUGACCAGCCAGCCGCAGCAGGUGAUCAGUCCUGUGCAGCCGCAGCAGCAGCAGCCACAGCAGCAGCAGCAGCAACAACAACAGCAACAACAACAGCAACAGCAACAACAGCCACAGCAGCAUCAGCAACAGCAACAGCAGCAGCAACAGCAACAACAGCAACAACAUCAGCAGCAACAGCAACAACAGCAGCAGCAGCAGCAGCAGCUGCCGCCCAUCGCCAGUCCCGGCCACCAGAUGCAGCAACAGCAGCAAACUGUGCCGAGCCCGAGUCACCACGGACACCAGCCGGCGCCAAGUCCUGGACACCAGAUGCAGCACCAACCGGUGCCAAGUCCCGGCCACCAGAUGCAGCACCAACCGGUGCCAAGUCCCGGCCAUCAGAUGCAGCACCAACCGGUGCCAAGUCCGGGACAUCACGUUCACCAGCCAGUGCCGAGUCCUGGUCAUCACGUUCACCAGCAGGUGCAAAGUCCUGGACACCAAAUGCAGCACCAGCCAGCGCCGAGCCCGGGGCACCAGAUGCAGCACCAGCCCGUGCCCAGUCCGGGGCACCACGUGCACCAGCCCGUGCCGAGCCCGGGUCACCAGCUGCAGCACCAGCCGGUGCCGAGCCCGGGUCACGCGAUGCAGCACCAGCCGGUGCUGAGCCCCAGCCACCACUCGCUGCACUCGCCGGCCAUGCAGGCGUCGCCCGGCUUCCAGCCGUCGCCGUCGCCGAUCCAGCAGCAGUCUGCGCCGCCGGCGGCG